UCUCAUAGAGCUGUUUAACACAGCUCAGGCAGCAAUUGGUACAGGGACAGCAAACCAGGCUGCAUCUGCUCAGCCCCAGUCACAAGCUCCCUGCUUCCUCCGUGUGCGUGUGAGUGUGUGUGUGUGUGUGUGUGUGUGUGAGUGUGCGCUAGACACAGGCAUCCGCUCACAGCAUCUCGCUGUCUCCUGCAUCCUCCAGCAGCAAGUGCAGGGCUCUGGCUCUCCGGGUACCAGACAUCCCUGCUCCAUCCCCCAGCAGGGAGCUGCACGCUGGGCACGGGAUGCGGUGAGCAUCUGCAGGUGGAGACAGGGUGGUCGUGGCCAGAGGCAGCGGUGAUGGACAUCGUGUGGACUGCUCUCUAGGGCUCGUGCUCCCCAGACAGACCCUGACCCUGAGCCAUGGGGGUGCUGAUGUCCAGGCGGCAGACGGUGGAGAAGGUGCAGAAGGUCAGCUUGGCCGUGUCAGCCUUUAAGGACGGGCUGCGGGAGCAGCCCUCGACGCGGCGGCGCGCAGGGGCAGGGGACGCCCGUCGGGGGACGCUGGAGCAGUCGGUGCAGGAGGGAGAGGACGAGGCGUCGGCAGGGCCCUCGCAGCCCGAGGAGACCAGCGCGGCGAAGGCGGCUUGGGAACGGCUGCGGGACGGCCGCGGUGUGGAGCCGGAGGAGUUCGACCGGGCCAACAGGUUCACGCCUCCCGCCUUCAUCCGGCCCAAGCGGGAGCUGUGCGAUGAUGAACCCCCCGACAUCAGCCUGCAGCGGGAGCAGGUCCAGAACGACGAGAUGUGUGAGAUCUGCGAGGUGUGGACGGCCGAGAGCCUCUUCCCGUGCCGCGUCUGCAGCCGGGUGUACCACGACGGCUGCCUGCGCCGCAUGGGCUACCUGCAGAACAACAGCGCCGUGGAGGUGACCGAGACGGCGCACACCGAGACGGGCUGGAGCUGCUACUACUGCGACAACCUCAACCUGCUGCUGACGGAUGAAGAGAUGUACAGCCUGAUGGAGACCAUGAAGCAGUGCAAGAUCAUUCCAGAGACCUCCCUGUCCCUGGAUGACUUCCUGCACUACAAGCACCUGGUGCACAAGCAGCAGUUCGAGCAGCCCAUGGCCGAGGCGCAGGAGGAGCAAGCAACCCUGCAGUUCUCUGCCCUGGACCCUGACAAGAAGGGGCACAUUGAGUGGCACGACUUCCUCUCCCAUGAGUCCAUCCAGCUGCUGCAGAAACUACGGCCACAGAACGCACUGCUGCGGCUGCUGACGGCCAAGGAGCGGGAGCGCGUGCGAGCAGCCUUCCUGGCGCUGGACCAGGACAACGACGGCUUCAUAGGGGAGGCCGAGUGCCGCCGUGCCCGGCACUCCUGGUUCCGCAAGCACCACAAGGAGACACCAUCCUGCAACGUCAGCAUCAGCCACGUGGGGCCCAUAUCGGAGAGCAGCCCCGCCAGCAGCAGCAGCAGCAGGAGCCUGGAGAAGACCCCGCGUGCGUUGGAGCAGGAGGAGCCCAGGCCCGUGGACUGGCCCGGCUUCCUGCGGGACAACGUCGCCUUCGUGCUGGCCGCCCGCCCCAACAGCGCCGCCCUGCACCUCCUGCCCCCCGCGUAAACCAACCCCCCCCCUCGGCGCCACCUUGGCCUCUCCCGCCACCACCACCCCGCCCUGCCCUCCCCUGAGGGCGGAGCUGAGCGGUGAUUGGCUGGCGAGGAUGCGGCCGAGCCGCCUUCUCCACCUGCCUCCGCUUUCGAUUGGCUGUGAAGAGGAUGGGUGCCGGGCUCUGAUUGGCUGAGGGAGAGGGGCGCGGUUUUGGGGAUCUCUGAUUGGUGGGGAGGGGGAGGGUGUGGUCCCAUGGUCUCCCCGCAGCCCACCGCGGGGAUGCCAUGGGGCACAGGGAGCUGUUGUCCCCAUGACCCCCAGCCCCACAGCACCCGGUCACCCCCCAGCCCUGCAGCUAACAGGUCCCCAUGAAGAAGUGGAGUUUGCUUUGUUCCUGUGGCCAAGUCUGGGUAGGUUUGGGGUGAGAGCAGAGCCUCCACGCGUCCCCAGCGCUGUGGGGCAGUGCGGGUGAACC